UGAGGAAAAAAGUGUUUUUAAAAAGGCUUCUCCCAACUACUCUUCCUCUGCUUGACUGACUUGCCUUGAUAGAUAUUUACAGGUAUUUACCUAGGUUGUGUAACAAAUUUUGAGAUAUGCCAAAAGAGUCUACACAAAGUACCUAACUAUCAAUUUGAGACUGGAAAACGGUUCGCAAAGGUUCCCAUGCACAAAUCAAGCACUACCUGAGAUUCGCUGGUGGGGGAAAGGCUGGAGAGGAGAAACAGUACAAGCGGCGGGCUUUUUAAAUAGAUCACUGGACCCACUCCUGAACCAAUCGCAUGCCGGCAAUCAGGUAGGGCUUCACGGCGCGGACACGGUGCUCCUGGAGGAUGAUGAGCAUGGUGUUGAUCACCCAAUUUGCUACUUUUCUAAAAAUGUUUAAAAACACCAGUUUCACUACGGCACCAUUGAAAAAAGGGCACUGGUGUUGUUAUUGGCUUUACAGUAUUUUGUAAGUAUACAUUGGGUCCAGCUCUAGUCCAACUGUGGUAUUUUGUGACCUCGAGCCUCUUAUGUUGUGCUUCCAUGUCCUCUCUCUUCUUAGUGUGUGUGUGUUUGUGUUUCAUUGAAUGGAUGAGGAGCUGUCUGCUCCUCAAAUUGGGUGGUAAACACCAUGCUCAUCCGCCUGCAAGGAGCACUGUGCCAAAGAAUACUGCAUCCAUGUGAAAAAGACAGAAGGAAAAAAAAUCACAAAAAUGGCUACAUUUUCCCUUAGGUGUGGGGGUGGCCAGAGAGUUACAAGGGGCCCUUGAACAAUGGCGUUUUCGCAGUGGAGAUGGAAAAUGCCGUGGGAAAAAAAAUAAAUGUAUUCAAGUUAGGCAAGCUAUCAUGUGGCAGCGUAAGAUGGCUGCCGGGAGCUUCACAAGUAAACUGCAUUGUUUGUCCAUCCAAAAGUAGGUCUGUAAUUCCAGCUCGUCGUUGUCCACUUUGAAGUGUAGUCUAACAGAUAUAGUCGAAAAAAUAUUUUAGUAGAAAUACAACAAGAACUAUUUAGAAUUAGACGGUGGUGUUUAAAUUUAUUCAUUCAUUCAUCUUCCAAGCCGCUUGAUCCUCACUAGGGUCGCGGGGGCUGCUGUAGCCUAUCCCAGCUGUCUUCGGGCAGUAGGCGGGGGACACCCUGAAUCGGUUGCCAGCCAAUCGCAGGGCACACAGAAACAAACAACCAUUCGCACCCACACUCACACCCAGGGACAAUUUAGAGUGUUCAAUCAGCCUGCCACACAUGUUUUUGGAAUGUGGGAGAAAACCCACGCAGGCCCGGGGAGAACAUGCAAACUCCACACAGGGAGGCCGGAGCUGGAAUCGAACCCGGUACCUCUGCACUGUGAAGCCGACGUGCUAACCACUGGACUACCGGGCCGCCCUUGUUUAAAUUUAGUAAAUCAGAAAUUAAAGGUAUUGUGAAACAGAAAAUGAAGAAAAAGUGACAAAAGCAAAAGGACAAAGAGAGGAAAUUGAGAUGAUAUUACAGAAUACAGAGGAAAUGUGAAAUGAGGAAAGUGGGGAACAGAAAAGAUGAAAAAACAGUAGCCUGUUUAGGAUGGACAAGCAAGAUAGAGGUAAAUGUACCUCUGGGGAAUUUCAAUCAGUUGAGCAUGUCUUAUUUUGGUUGUGAGAGGUUUAGGUUUAGAGAUAUGUGAUCGAAAGAUUAUUGGGGGUUGCUAUCGUGCUGGAGCCUAUCCCAGCUGUCUUCAGGCAUUCGGUCUGCUACACCUGAACUGGUCAGGGCACACGUAGAUGAACAAUCAUUCACGCUCAUGCUCACUCCUAUGGACAUCCUGUAUAUGUAUUGAUAACGUGUUUGGCUUGUUUUCUGUGAUUUGUAAUCUGAUUUAUACAAUAAAGAUUGUUAAAAAGAAGGAAGAAGAAGGCACUCCAUCCAGUAGGCGGCGAUAGAGGCGGAAUAUCAACAGACUUCAUCCGACUGUUUGCAGCGCUUCAAACAGUGCGUUGGCGUUCACCACUGCCAUCGCUUCAACCUUGCAAUUUGAGUGCAAAUCAUUUAUUUUUGUUCAGUUAUCGAGUGACCACGAGUGGCCCGUCUCCAAUUGUCACCCAAGUGUUGUUGGACGGAAAGUUUUUGCCGUUGUGUCACAUGCUGGAGUUGCCGCGUGAAGAUGCACUCAAAAGGACCUGAGUAUGGCCAAAGGCCGCCCCAUGGCGACAGAGACAGAAGAUGGAGGGAUGAAUAUGAUAAAAGACAGGAAGAGAAGUAUGAAUACCAUGGAAAUGGACAGUGGGAUUCCUAUCAUCAACAUGGUCGAAGUGGUCCUGGCAGAACCGAGAGAAGCAGCAUAAGUACAGACUACAGCUACUCCCCUCAAAAGCUGUACUCUAAAGACUCCCUGGUCAGAGACAGAGACAGAGAUAGAGAUGCAGAUAGUAGGAGCCCAGUGAGGGGACGCUUGUCCUCUCAGGACUGGAAGGUUGCUGAAAAGAAAAGGCAAAGGUUCACAGAUGACAGCCGCGAUGCCUACAGCUACAUAUUUGAGCCUGAUUGCAAAAAAUAUAGGCAGUCGCCAGAUCAUUUUCCGAGGGAUUAUAAACAUCCGUUGCCUCAGGAAGUCAGAAGGAGUAUGCAAGAUUAUAGAAUCCAGCACAGACAUGAAGAGUUUACUUCCAGGUACCACCAGCCCUAUGAUUUUGGUCACAGACAGCUGUCAACGUAUAACAAAGCGAGAGAGGAUCAAGGAAGAAAUCAAAGUUACUCACCGGAAAGGAACCUUCCCCAAGAUGACUCAAAAAAGAGAGAUGUCAAAUCCAGAGAAAGGAAGAAUAGCUCUCCUGCAUAUGGCACGGAUCGAGCAAGGAAUUAUUUGGAUGCAUCUAAAAGACAGUCUUUGGAGGAUGUGACCAAGCCCAGUCACGAUGCACCUGAGAAGAAAAUUUCCAAUGGUUUCCAACUGUUCCUUGAUGUACUCAAUAAAGGCGUGGAUGUGGACGUACUCAACCAGAUUGUGUCAGGAAAAGGCUGUGGUCAGCCACCAUCUGCAGCAUCUUCCCACAAUACCUCGGAUCAUCCCUGCGUCCCAGGAGAGCAGGUAGGUCAACGAAAUGUCAGCGAAUGGAACGAAGAAAAUUUUGGAGACGAAUGCCACAGGCAGCCUUUUCCACAGUCCUUCAGCCCAAAGAGGAGCUCUCCUUGUGAUGACAAGUCAGUACAGAGGAGUGAUGUAGGACAAAGCUGUACAAGGUCCAAGUUGCCUCCUGUGGCGGAGAAGAAAAGACUGACACCUGACGAUGAGCACAAGCACCAGCAAAUUCAGGAAGUAUUGCAGGCCAUUGGGGUGGACUUGGGAUCCGAAGAGUUGGGCCAAAUGUCGCACCGGAUUAAGGAGCGAUUAUACGGGAAGGAAGAAAGCCACUGGAGCUACCAGAGUGCAGGCAGCAGGGAAAGGGUCACAAGAUCAGCCUACUCUCCAAGUCGCCACAGCAGGUCAAGGUCAUCAUCUUCCUCAGCCUCAUCAAGCAGCAGAUCGAAACAUUCAUACAGUGACUACUCUGUUCACAGAGACUCGUACAAUGCUCAGAGUAAUUUCAAAGAGGAUCAAGCCUGGGUCCCUCCCGCCACCAGCAACAGCAGAGCUUCACUAGAUAAUCAGAAAUGCGAAAUCCAAGCCACCGUUUCUCCAAACGCGACCUGCACGACUUUAAGACCCACGAUGCUCACAAAGCCAGCCUACGGUCCCGUGAAUACUUCCCCAAUGGUGUACCCGCCUCUGGUCCCCGACAUUUCCAAUGUCGGGCCCAGGCUUCUUUUUCCUCCCCUGCCGUCUUUGCCUCCUCGCACUUCCCUGCUCCCUUUCCCCUGUUGGCCUCCCUUCAUGACGUACUCUUGUCCAUCGCCUUUGAAUAUUCUUCCAUCUGUUCUCGCUCAAACGAGGCACCUUCUUCCGCCGCCAAUGAGUAACAUCCAGCCACCAUUUUUGAACCUGCCAAAUGCACCAAUUGCAUUGCCCAAGAUGGAUAAUCCUACAAAGUCUAAAAUGUUACCAAGGCCUCGUUGUUUACUGGUAAUUGAUACAAAACAGCCCAGUUAAAUGCUCAAUUUGGAUCUGAAAUCUGUUUAUUUCUGUGUACACAUGGACUAAAUUGUCAGCACUCUGUUCAUGAAAGAAAUCCACAAUGGUCACUGGAAUAACUUGUAACUGACAAGCGGGAAUGAAGAAAUAAAGCUCCUGAAAAACAA